UGCCGGUGGUAUCCCGCACCCAUACUUGUACAUUGCAGCAUCCCAAUAUGGCCAGCAGCACUCCCACACCCGGCAAGACCUUCGUAGUCGAGCACCUGGACCCAGAGUUGGAAGAGUGGUCUGCUCUCGAGUAUGCUGCCAUUGCAUCCGAGAGCCAUGCCGCUGGCGCUCAAUUUCUGCUCUCCUCCGUGCCAGAAGCAUUCCAGUUGCCAGAGAAGCUGCAGCAUGCAAAGGGCUUGAAGAUUGAGACGAGGGGCGUCGAGGACAUUUUUGCAGACUGCAAAGACAGAGUCUGCUUGUUGGAUCCCGCUGCCCCGAAAGACCUCAGCCCAGAGGAUGGCGAUGCUUUUGACGUGUUCCUAUUUGGCGGCAUCCUAGGCGAUGAUCCACCCAGAGAUCGUACCUCAGAACUGCGCAAGAAGGGCUACCAGGGCCGUCGGUUGGGCCCCGUGCAAAUGACUACAGAUACAGCCGUUCGAGUUACCAGAAUGGUCGUUCAAGACAGAGUCCCUGUCGACCAAAUUCCCUAUGUCGAUCAUCCCGAGUUGAAGAUCAGCAAGCACGAGAGCACCCAGAUGCCCUUCCGCUAUGUCAAGGAUAAGACUGGAGCGCCCAUUAUGCCAGAGGGCAUGGUCGACCUCAUCAAAAGAGAUUCCGAGAAGGCGCUAGACGACCUGCUAUGAACGCCAUGGCUCAGCGAGUGGUGGUGCAGGAAAGAGUUGCAAGCCGAUGAGCAGGCACAACCAGCAUCUGUGGUAGAGUGCCAAUGUAGGAAUGGGGAAGAAGACGAGAAGCCAGAGAUCCAAAAUCCGUCGCAUCAGCCGCCAAAUACACUCAGGUCCAGAUCGCCGACAGUUAAGGAUUCGCUGUAUCAGAGCAGUGGCAGGAAAGGCGGCGUCGUUGGCUGUCAUGCCGCUCAUUGAGCGUUGAGCGGUCCAUGAAAUCGGGCUCUCACGAACCGCACUGAGCUUUUUCCUGGUUAGGGGGGCAUGUGACACAGUUGUUGAAGCAGGGCGCACGGCAGACGCCGAACGUUGGUGCAAGGAGUUGCUCUUGAGACAUGGCCGUGAGAUGCGGCGUCGUCGGAGGGCGGCACUCCCGAUCGAUGCGGCUGCGUCUUAUUGGCCAGCGCCAUGGUAGCAAUCCAUCCAGGCC